AUGGCAGCACCGCGGUCUCCCAUGAACCCGACGAUGCCUGCGUAUCACGGUGCCGGGUCAAUUUUGGCCGACGCUCAGCAUGGUCCCAAUCCUGCCCUAUCCGGCGGCCAGCAGUAUCCUCUUCAUGUGCCCAUGGCUCCAGGCGAUGCAACAAUCGGAGGUGUUAUGGGCCAAAUGAAUGCUAUGUCCCUUGCCAGCCCCGUUGGAGCUGGAUACCCGGGACCCAUUGGUCCGGCUUACGUCUUCUCAGACGGCCAGUACAUCUUGGCCCCGGUUGCCAAUGGCCAGCAGCCAGUCGGCAUGAUGGACCCUUCCUUCGGAGGACCUGCGUACAUCGCGGCUCACCACCCGGGCCAGUUCCCUCAUACAGUCGUCACCUACCCCCCUGUCGUCCCUUUCACUCCAGCCAGACCUACUGGUUCAAACGCCCGUUCGGACCGUGCUCACGGAGAGGGACCCCCUCCCCUUGAUAGCGGCCGUCGUGGCUCGUACUCGACGAACGAGUCCACUCCCGCUACACCCUACUACCCUGGCAUGGCGAACCGGGACCAUGGCAGAGUGUCCAUCGUUGGACUGGACCGGUCCACUUACACGACUCCGUCGCCGCAGCAAGGUGCUCUUUUGUCACUCAAUGCUGAUCAUUCUGUCAUCGCUAAGCAGAUCCCAACAGCAAUUGAUCAGAACAUUGAUGAGCUGCUUAAGCAGAGCCCAGCCAUUCCCAAGGCAGUUCCUGCGGUCUUCACCCCCGCGAGCCAGAUCAAGACCCUUGAGCAGAGCCUCGAGAAUAGGAUCCCCGGGAACCGCAAUGUGUAUAUUCGCGGCCUUCACCCCACCACUGACGAUGAGCUCUUGCUCAGAUAUACCCAGAGGUUUGGUGAUGUUGAGACCUCUAAGGCCAUCAUCGACACCGGAAGCGGAGCAUGCAAGGGUUUCGGUUUCGCUAAGUUCUAUGACGUCCGAGAUUCGGAGAAGUGCAUUCGAGGCUUCCAUCGCCUCGGCUAUGAAGUUGGUUUUGCAAGGGAGUCGUUCAAUUCUCGCCUCAAGGCUGAAGGCGAUGACACCUCGACCAACCUAUACAUCUCGAAUCUUCCCAAGCAUAUGACUGAGGUGGAACUCGCUGCCAUCUUCGCUGGAUACACCAUCAUGUCCAGCAAGAUUCUUCGGGACAGUAUGGGAAACAGCCGAGGCGUCGGUUUUGCGCGGUUCGAGAGCCGUGAAAUCUGUGACCAGAUCAUCAAGAGUUUCAACGGCCUUCCCAUUGUGACUGAAGGCAACAACUCGCCGAUGGUUAUGAAUAUCCGAUAUGCUGAUACUCCCGCCCAGAAGGAAUUGAAACGAGUGACCGCGGAGCGACGCCAAUUCCGCACCAACGAGUACAACAUCGGCGCCUAUGGCACCGCCCAUGUCGGCAUGCCUGUCCAGGCAUACGGAAUUCCGACCUCUUAUCGUCGACCCUACCCGGCCACUAUCCCGGGAACUCCUCGUGCUUAUGUCGGAGUUAACAAUGGGGUUACUUAUCGAAGCGAGCGAGGAUCCGGCCAGGCUGGACACCAGUCGGAACGAAAAGCUCCUAUCGCCGAUUGUCCGUCGCCGAAGACUAGCGACGAGGUCAAAGAAGCAGACGAUGACCAAUCUAUUUCUGAGGCAAGCACUUCGCCUUCCCCCUCGGUCAAGAAAGAAGAUAUUUGA